AUGAGGAUAUUCAUUCGAGGAUUCAAAGCAAUACCGAAAUUCUACAAGUUUACAAUGACCAACACCAAAUCUGCUGAGUUACCACAGACUUUUGAAGGAACCAUCGAUCUAGGAAUCAUCGGUGGUACUGGGUUGUACAAGCUAGACUGCUUGGAACCGAUUGCCAUUUUGCCAAGAAUGGAGACCCCAUGGGGUCAAACCUCGUCUCCUAUUACGGUGUCUCGUGUGAAAUCCGAUGAGACUGAGCACUUUCACGUGGCCUUCAUUGCCAGACACGGCGUGAACCAUGAGUUCCCACCUACAAGGGUCCCAUUCAGGGCCAACAUUGCUGCUUUGAAACAUCUGGGCACUAAGGCGAUCUUGUCGUUCAGUGCUGUAGGGUCCUUGCAACAGGAAAUCAAGCCCAGAGACUUUGUCCUACCACAACAGAUCAUCGACAGAACUAAAGGUAUCAGAGAAUCCUCAUAUUUCAACGAUGAAGGAUUGGUGGGUCACGUUAUGUUUGGCGAGCCAUUCUCUAAGUCAUUCGCUGACUAUAUAUACCAGUUCCAGGAUGUGUUAGAAAACCCUGACUCCGCAGAACCAUGUCUGUUACACUACAACAAGGAAUUGACCGUUGUUUGUAUGGAAGGUCCGCAAUUCUCUACCAGAGCUGAAUCGAAGAUGUACCGUUUGCUUGGUGGUGAUGUUAUCAAUAUGAGUGUGAUUCCAGAAGCAAAGCUUGCUCGUGAAUGUGAAAUUCCUUACCAAAUGGUGUGUAUGUCUACCGACUACGACGCCUGGAGAGACGAAGAGGAGCAAGUCUCUGUCCAAACCGUCAUUGGGAACUUGCAAAACAACGCCAAGAACGCCAACCACUUGGCAUCGAAGGUUAUUGUUGAGAUGGCUAAGGAGCUUCCUGUCUUCAUGAAGAAUGGUGAUGGGUUGCGCGAUAUGAUGAAGUUUUCCAUUUCGACCAAGCCAGAGGCCAUGUCGAAGGAAACUCUGGCCAAGCUCAAGUUUUUGUUCCCUAACCACUGGUAA